GGUCUCUUAGCAGACGUUUGUGAAUGUGCCUGAUCUGGGCCGCGCUCUACUCUCAAGUCCACCCUGCGGAAGGCUCGUAUCCACCGUGCUCGGGGCUGAAAACUGGUCAUGGAGAUUUUGAACCAUCAAUACAGCAGCCGACAACGGGUGUGUGGUCUUGACCAACUGCUGCAAAAGCCAAUCGUGUCUGGGCGGCACCUGCACGAAGUGGAUGGCCGACUGGAGGCGGCGCCAGCUCCGCGUGCUGACGAGCUGAGCGUGACGAUACGGCCGGACGCCGGGCGCUCCUCCAUGGCCGGCAUGGAGCACGUGUUCCUUCCCACCCAGGAGACGGCCAGCUCGCGCCUGCUGGCCAGCUGGCACCGCGGCGGCCUGGCAGCCGUGCUGGAGGACCUGGCGUCGGAUCGCAGGCCCGGCUCGCUGCCGGGCUGGCUCGGCAGGCUGGCCUCGUUCGUCAGCGCCCUCCUCCGGCUGCCCUACACGGCCAGCAUUGUCAGUCAGGCGCGGCGGCCCACCGUGCCGCUCAUCAAGCACCGGCUGCAGAGGCGCGUCGCCGACCUGCACUGGAAGUAA